UGUAACAUCGUGAUUAUUUUCAUCAUUGCUAACUAAAACCUUAUCUUAUGUGUUUAAUACUCUAUCUAAUGCGUAGUAAUAAAACCGGUUGGUAGAAAGCCAUGGACUCCGAUGAUAGCGAUGACGAUUUCGGCGAGAAUUGGGAUAAUCUGGAGACCAUAACAAAGUUCGAUGGUGUGCGAUCGCAAAACUUGAAUCCUGCUUCGACUGAGCUUGUCACUAAUGGACUACAGAGUAGAGUGGCAGCGAAGACAAGCACACCGGUCUCGCUGCUGGUGGAAAGUUUGGUGCAGCAAUUGUGCGCCCUUCUGGAAACAGAUCCUCAACGGUCGCAAGAUUUGUAUGAGAAAAUUUGCCAGCGGCUGCAUGCUAUUAAUCUGAUCGACGAAACGUACGCCAUGGGAGAGUUCGAGAUGAUGCGUAGCCAGUAUCAGAAGGCUCUCUACCAGCUUGUUAGUAUUGCUCGCGGGGAAAAUUUGCCCGUUGCCGUGUUGGAGAAUAUUUGGCCACUGAAUCCAUCGGUGGGUCUCGAUUGGUCUCGCUAUCAUCGGGAAUUCAGCGAGCUGGAUUUUAUUGCCGGGGGUGGUUUUGGGAAAGUUUACCGAGCAAAAAAUAAUCUGGACGGAAUUGUUUAUGCUGUCAAAAAGAUUACCAUUCAGGCAACCACAAUUAAGAAUGUACUAGUGCAUUUAGCCGAGGUGAAGACGCUUGCUAGUUUGAACCAUAUCAAUAUUGUACCCUAUAAAGCAGCCUGGUUGGAGCCACUGCUGGCAUCCGGAGCUGAACUAGACGGAGAAAGCUCGGGAAAGGAAACCGGGCAAGAUAUGAGUUCGAUGGAGGAAGAAGAAGAAGAGGAGAUCGAGGAGUCUUCAAACGGUCUAUUGUUUAGUUAUAUUUCAGGUUUGCAGUCGAAAUCUCAUCGUCGAAAGUCCUCCCUGGACGACUCGCUCAAACGUCAGGACGACACGGACGAUUUCAGCAUUCACUUCGAAGACAGCCAGGAGGAUGGUUCCGCACCAUCGGACAACCAGCGCCAGCUGGCUGAGCUUGAGGAAGCACGAGGUAGCGUUUUCAGUAUUGAGGAAUCACAGCCACAUGUCAAGCUGAAGUGGGCAACACUCUACAUCCAGAUGACGCUAUGCCAUCUUACGUUGCGCGAAUGGCUGGACGAUCGCAAUCGGUUCGAUUGUUUCGAGCAGUUCUAUGCGGGAUUCAUACGUCGGCCUCUACGGGAUCGCCCUACUAGUGCCAUUCCAAGAAACUCCUUUUGUCGCCAAACAUCGUCCAGAAACAGUAACAGUACUGUGGCCGAACCACCGGGGCCAACAAGUUCUAAUCGUCCUAGUCCUACCACGCAGGAAAUUAAUAAUUCCCCUCAGCACUUGGACGUUGUGACCGAUGUGCUUAAUCAGUUGCUUAACGGGUUAACCUACAUUCACUCACGUGGAAUUGUCCACCACGACAUCAAACCAAGCAAUAUAUUCGUAAGCGUUAGUGAUUACGAUAGAUCCAUUUCUAUUCAGUUGGGUGACUUCGGAUUGGCAUGUCCACUGCAAAGUUCUCAUACGGGUGCCGGGUUCGGUACGCCUUUGUACGCUGCUCCAGAGCAACUAGAAGGCAAAUGCGACCCAAAGUCAGACAUUUACAGUAUGGGCAUUAUUCUGCUCGAGCUGCUUAUAGCGUUCGAUACCGACAUGGAGCGUGCUGAUAUGAUUAAACAGGCCCGAAGGGGUGUGUUUCCAGCAGAUCUGGACGUAGAGUAUCGCGAUCUGUUGAAAAGUAUGCUUAACACGAGACCGGGCAAACGGCCAGAUACUUUUGCCCUUACCGAAUCGGUCAAUUGCAUGAAACUGAACCGUGAUAGAGUAAUUUCGAAGCUACGCCAGAGCCUAUCGGAACAGGAGGAGGAAAUUCAAACACUGAAAAGACAAAUCGAUCAACAGAAUCGGCAACGGCAAGAUUCGUUGGACGAGAUGACCCAACUGGAGGAAAGAACCUGCGAGACGCUGGUGGUGAAGGAGCAGGAAUUGAUUUUCAAAACGAUGGAAAUCGAAAGCAAAACUCAACAGCUGCGAUCCAAAGAGCAGGAAAUUCGUUCUAAAGAUGCAGAAAUCGACCGUCUCAGAAAACUGCUGAAGACCUACCAGGAGAAAGAUAGUGGGUCGUCCGAUAGGAACAACGAAUAGAGUGGAGUUUUAUGAUUUGUGACGUAAUAGUGCUACGAUUAAAAUGCAAUUCGUAUAGUAAGACAUGGUUUAUUAUUCUACAGUGACGAGUGAUUUAGAAUAAACCGAUUCUUUUUCGAAUUUUGUGUUCUUUGUUUAACUCUACCGUAAGAAUCGUUCACUUGUACUUUUCGUAAUCUAGAAAUUGAGGUGAGAUUCUCACCGUGAAAGCGCAAUUUUGGAUUCUGAAAGUCGCCUGGAUGGUCGUGCAAAUCAAAUGGGGCCUGUAAGGUGCGGUGAAUUGAUUGGAAAAAUAGAGACCGUAGUUUGAUGCAGACAGUUACCGGAAAAAUGUCAGAAUAUAUAAUGGCAAAAAGUUUUUAGACAUGUCUGGUAUAAAAACGCAUACAUCGUAAAGAACAGUAAAAAAUGACCCAAGACUAUGGUAUACUCCCUUGUGGCACACCAAAACGAUUCUCUAAGUAUAGAGAAGUGUAACGUGAUUUCGUUUCAUAGAAAACGUGCGCCUAUUGAAUAUUACUAUACUGUUUCCGGCCACCACAUCCUCCGCGAACAGUGUAUUAAAGAUUUGGGAGUGCUGUUGGAUAAUGGAUUAACAUUCAAGAGCCACUACAACAGUAUUAUCUCCAAGGCUAACCGUCAACUUGGAUUCAUGCUCAACUCCAGAUUGCGGAUGAGUUCCGAGACCCACUAUGCCUUAAAUCGCUUUACUGUUCACUUCGGUUCGGUCAAUUCUCGAGACAAAUUCUGUCAUUUGGUGUCCAUUUUACGCAAAUUGGUCGCGCAGAAUCGAGAUGGUACAGAAGAAAUUCGUCCGCUAUGCCCUUCGUCAUCUUCCGUGGCGCGAUCCACUGAACCUACCGUCGUAUGAAAACCGCUGCCGACUUCUUGGCAUUCAGCCACUGGAACUCAGACGACGAAUUGCACAGGCGGUUUUUGCUGCUUAACUACUGACGGAUCGCAUCGACCGCCCGUCGUUUUUAGAACAACUAGCCCUAUAUGCUCCCGAACGACCGUUACGCCAGAGAAACUUAUUCUAUUUGGAACCACGGAGUCAUUUAUAUGCAUCUCUUGAACCUGUUCGAAUUAUGUGUCUUCGUUUUAACGAGGUGUUAGAAAUGUUCGACUUUAAUGUACCAAUACAUAUUUUUCGUGACCGUUUACUUAAUGUUAGACAUU